AUGCAAGAGAAGCCAACCACGGUUGCCGCCUACGCGGCCGGGGCCUCCCUCGCAGCCGUUGCCUUGUUCUACGUUUUCGGCCCCAACUACACAAUCGACGGUGACGAGUCCAAUGAUAGCAACCGCAAAAAGAGCAUUGUGGGCCUGUCCAAUCUUGCCAAUGACUGCUUCAUUAACUCCGUGCUCCAGGCUUUAGCCGGUCUAGGCGAUCUCCGAGUAUAUUUGAUCCGAGAGUUGCACCGGCGCGAGCUGGACGGGCCGGAGAUUUACAACGCGGUACCGACUGAGGAUGAGCUAUCCCGCGGAGCGAAGCAAGACAAGGUGCGGGAAUUACAGCAGGGGUUGAUUACACAGGCACUGAAGGAGAUGUUGGAUCGGUUGAAUGAGCGACCAAUCUAUAAGAAGACCAUUUCGGCACGGGGGUUCAUCCAGUCACUGGAAUUCGCGUUUCGCACGCGCAUUAGCCGCAAUCAGCAGGAUGCGCAAGAAUUUUUGCAGAUUAUCCUCGAGCGACUCUGUGAUGAGUAUCAUGCUGGUGUGCGCGCGAGGAAAGGUGCUCUUAGUCAUAUUGGCGCGCCGGCUGGUCUGGGCGCGUCAGCGCCAGAGUCUGGAACCAGUGCAUCCGAUAGCCCUUUUGGGGUGGAGGUGCGGAUUGAUGAUGGAUCACCCAAUGGAUUACCAGCCAUCAUUGAUACGAAACUCAAAGAGAUCGAUGAUGAACCGGGAUUUCUAUUUGAGGGCAAAUUGGAGUCGCAGAUUGAAUGCCAGUUUUGCCACUACCAGUACAAACCGAACCAGACGGCAUUUGUCAACCUCACACUGCAGGUACCGCAGAAAAGCUCUACCACGCUCAACGCGUGCUUCGAUGGACUUUUGAAAACCGAAUACAUUGAAGACUUCCGGUGCGAUUAUUGCCGUUUACAACAUGCGAUCGGUAUGAAGACCCAGGAGAAGACUCGGGCGUACUCUCAAGGUGACAAGGAGCGACUGGACCAAGAGAUUGCCCGCAUCCAAGAGGCAUUGGAGAAGGAUCCAGAAAGCGAACUCGAGGGUAUUGAGCUUCCGCCUUCCGAUAUUGCACCGAAGCGACGGAUUGCACGACAUAUGCGCAUCACAGCAUUCCCCAAGGUGAUUGCCAUUCACUUGUCACGAUCGAUCUUCGACCGCAGUAGUUCCAGCAAGAAUGCUGCAAAGGUCUCAUUCCCCGAGCGAUUACCCCUAGGAGGCAUCUUGAGCCAGACAUGGUAUAAGCUCCUGGCAAUUGUUUGUCACAAAGGCAGCCAUCACAGUGGUCACUACGAGUCCUUCCGUCGCAAUCACAUCUACGCCCCAUUCUCCACCCCCGAGGCAUUCAGCUCGUAUGCGCAGAGCCGUGUCGCCAGUGAGAACCCUUCCGAAGCUCCGAGUCCUCGUCUGGUGCCGGUAAAUGCGGACGAUAUAAGCGGUAGCAGUAGUCUUUCCCCUACAGCCUCUGCCACAUCUCUGUCGGGGACUCCAGCCACCCAACUUUCCCCUUCAAUACCUCGCCCUACUACUUCCAGCUCUCGCCGUUCGCUUCAGAGCACCUUUUCCCGAUCUUCCACUCAACAGACUAGCUCAGACAGCAGUCCGACUUUAGAUCCGGCGCGGGCAAGUGUUUCGUCAGCCCCACGAUCUUCUCGGACCAUCCCGCGUUCCUCUGCGGAAACCCCCACGGGGAUCGGAUCACGACUUCGCCGAAAGCGCAAGCCGAACGAUCGCUGGUGGCGCAUCUCGGACGAAAAGAUCAAGGAAUGCAAGACUUCGGAUGUGCUGGGCAUGCAGAAAGAGGUAUAUCUGCUGUUCUACGAGAUUGAGCGGCCCGAAUCGAGCCCUGCCGAAGGGCGUUUGUAA